GGGGCGGGUCCAGGUGGAUGGAUGACUGGAGUUUCCCUUGCGGUCGAAAGAUUAAUGGAAAGGCUCUGUUGAUUUGGGGAAUCGUCCGCGUGACGGUAGGCUCCGGGGGAACCGUCCACUUCGGCCUUGCUGGCUUCGAAGCGAGCGCGGACGAGAAAGGAGAAGACGACGAGCGCGGCGAGGAAUAAACCUGGAUACUGUUAUUUGUUUCUGCACCGAACACGGAGCGGAAGAAGGGGCCUGCCCACACACACACACACCGAGCGCCUGGUUUGAUAAGGCCACUGUACGACUAAGGAGCUAACAGAUAGAAACAGCAACUGGAAAAAAAAAAACAAAACGGCUGACGACCACCUGCCCGACGCCCCCCGGACUGGCUUCGGAUACAUUACUAUAAGCCAACAACUUCACAAGUACCAGUCGAGUCGUUUCCUGAAUGUUGAAUAUUUCACUAGCUAGCCGAGCUAACACCCUCUUUAGCCAGUUAGCCAAGUGUAGCAAAAGGCUUCGCUUUUAAGAGUUGUUCCGUGGGGGGGAAAAAAAGUGAACGUGGGAGGUGGAGGGGAUUAAAAAAAUCAGUUUUUGGAGAAUGAUUGCCGUCAGCUAGUGGCCACCGGACAGCUUCAUCGAGCAACUGUUGAAGCAGGCGGUUGUGAGGGUUGUCGUCAAGCCGCCCGAAGUCGCAAGCAAACCCCCCCGACCGGAGCCCGCUUGACAGACUGCCAUCAUGGGCAACACGCCCACCGCGAAGAAAGGCAAUGAGAUGGAGAGUGUGAAGGAGUUUCUUGCCAAAGCCAAAGAAGAUUUCCUAAAGAAAUGGGAGAAUCCAGCACAGCAAACCGCGGGAUUGGACCACUUCGAGCGAAUCAAGACUUUAGGCACCGGCUCCUUCGGCAGAGUCAUGCUGGUCAAGCACAAAGAUUCGGGCCAGCACUUUGCCAUGAAGAUACUUGACAAACAGAAGGUGGUAAAGCUGAAGCAGAUCGAGCACACGCUGAACGAGAAACGCAUCCUGCAGGCGGUCAACUUCCCCUUCCUCGUACGACUGGAGCAUUCUUUUAAGGACAACAGUAAUCUCUAUAUGAUAAUGGAGUACGUGCCCGGAGGCGAAAUGUUCUCCCACUUGAGGAGAAUCGGUAGAUUCAGCGAACCACACGCCCGCUUCUACGCAGCUCAGAUUGUACUGACCUUCGAGUACCUUCACUCGCUGGACCUGAUCUACAGAGAUCUGAAGCCGGAGAACCUCCUCAUUGACCAGCAGGGUUACAUCCAGGUUACAGAUUUUGGUUUUGCGAAAAGAGUGAAAGGCCGAACUUGGACGCUCUGCGGAACCCCGGAGUAUCUGGCACCAGAGAUCAUCCUCAGUAAAGGAUACAAUAAAGCUGUCGACUGGUGGGCUCUCGGCGUGCUCAUAUACGAGAUGGCUGCUGGCUACCCCCCCUUCUUUGCAGACCAGCCCAUACAGAUUUAUGAGAAGAUUGUAUCAGGAAAGGUUCGCUUCCCGUCGCACUUCAGCUCGGACCUGAAGGACAUGUUGCGGAACCUGCUGCAGGUGGACCUCACCAAGCGUUUCGGCAACCUCCGCAACGGCGUCAACGACAUCAAGGGCCACAAGUGGUUCGCCACCACCGACUGGAUUGCCAUCUACCAGAGAAAGGUGGAGGCGCCCUUCAUCCCCAAGUGCAGAGGCCCGGGCGACACCAGCAACUUUGACGACUACGACGAGGAGGAGAUCCGGGUGUCCAUCACGGAGAAGUGUGCCAAGGAGUUCGCCGAGUUCUAGUUUCUCACCUCCAGACGGGAGAGGCGGAUCAAGCAGCGAGGAAAGAGCCAACAGAACCAACAGUGUUGCCUUUUUCUCAUUCUUAAUCCCAACUAUUACCCGUUCGUCCCCUAAAUUUGUAUCAGCACACGGUGUCGUCGGGCGUUGUCAAGGUACCCAGUCUGCUUUUUUAUUUUCUCUGCCCCUCCCCCCCCCCCCCCAACCCUCUCUAUUGUUCUUUGAGCAGCAACUUGAUUGUGUCGUUAGCCUGCCCACCACCCUCUAAAGUCAACCGAGCAAUACUGAGUCCAACAUCUUGUCUAUCGCGAUGCUAACCGGUUGGAACACUGUCGGACAAAAGCCUCCGCGUCGAGCUUUAGAGUUGAAAGCGAUUUAUCGCCGUCUACGCAUUUUUUGUUUGCGUCUCACAUCUGUCUUCAUUGCAGCUUUAUUAUUAUUAUUACCCUA